GCGACGCGUUUUCUCAGUCUAGCUCACCCACUGAGAGGGUUCGCUCGUACAAUAAAAAUCAUCAUGGCCCGUGGAUUUGCUGCCUUGAGUAUCGCCGUGCUACUGACGGCAUUCGAAUUCGGUUCGUGUUUAAGAUGUUACCAGUGUAAUUCACAGUCGGAUCCGUCUUGCAAGGAUCCGUUCACAGGGAAAAAUAAAGUCGAAUGUUCUACCCAGGACUCGGUGAACUAUAACCGCGCAUACUUGCGUGGCAUCUUACCCAACGAGCUGGUGGAUGCUAUCGCGGGCGCUCCUAGAUAUUGCCACAAGAUUGUCAUGCAGAAUGGCGCAACUAUCCGGACUUGCUUGGACGCCAACCCUACUGACUUAAACCAGACAUGCCGUGCACUUGAAAAUGCUGCGAAAUUGUCACCCAUGGAUCAGUCAAAGCAAGUCAAACAUUGUCAAGUUUGUGACAAGGAUGACUGCAAUGGAGCUGGAUCUAUCGCGCUGUCAUUCCCACUGGCCGCUUUAGCUCUUAUCGCUUCGUAUCUCUUUUACAAACAAUAAUAAAAAAUAAUUAAAAUAACAAUGCAAUUGGUACGCUUUGCAACUCACCAAUGCUUUACGCAAAUGCUAAAUUUAUUUGGUGUGCCAAAAUAUUAAAUACCCUUUUAACUAGAACCGUCCAAUAUCAUUGUUAUUUUAUCCUUUGUUAUUU